CAGCUCGGAGUUGACAAAAACGAUCUGUCUCACUCGGAACAUUUUGGGCACACUUUCCUGUUUUUUUUUUAUAGAUUUCCCAUUUGUGUCCUGGACGGACCAAGCUGGCGAGUCUCCACGGCGUCUGGCUGACAGCCCUCCCUCGAUUAUCUGGUCUAGUCGUGGACUUGAUCACCCACACGGCACAGAGGGGAAAGUGGGACUUUAUUGUUCAAGGCUAGCUAGCUAGCUUUGCUAAGCGGCUUGUUUUUGUCUGCACAGCUUGGACAGCGGGCUAUAUGGCUGCGACGUACGAGCCAAUAUAUGGACUUUCAGAAGACGAGAAUGAAACCAGAGUGCUGCGGGUUAAGGUCAUUGCAGGAAUUGAUCUGGCGAAGAAAGACAUCAUCGGAGCCAGUGAUCCAUAUGUCAAACUAUCCCUCUAUGUUGCGGAUGAAAACAAGGAGCUUGGCUUAGUCCAAACUAAAACCAUUAAAAAGACCCUCAAUCCCAAAUGGAACGAGGAGUUCUACUUCAGAGUGUGUCCGCAGAAUCACAGGCUGCUCUUUGAGGUGUUUGAUGAAAACAGAUUGGCAUCAACCAAGAAUGGGCUUUUCCAUCUGGUACAGACCAGAGAUGAUUUCCUUGGUCAGGUUGAUGUUCCACUCAGUCAUCUGCCAACAGAGGACCCGGCGAUGGAGCGUCCUUACACGUUUAAAGACUUCCUCCUGCGGCCCAGAAGUCACAAGUCCAGGGUGAAGGGUUACCUGCGUCUGAAGAUGGCCUAUCUGCCCAAACAAGGAGGACCCGAGGAGGAGGCUGGAGAAGUUAGGGAGGAGGCUGAGGGAUGGGAUGAGUCUGCAGACUCAGGUUCCCAGCGACCGCAACAGCUGCUGCCCCCAAUGCCCCCAGGCUGGGAAGAGAAGGUGGACAACCUGGGACGCACCUACUAUGUCAACCACAACAAACGCAGCACACAGUGGAAACGGCCUUCAAACAUAGAGUUGAUUUCAGAAACUGAGAGUGACAAUCAACAGCGGCAGAUCAAUCAGGAAGCUCACCGUGUUUUCCGAUCGAGACGCCACAUUAGUGAAGACCUGGAGAAUGAGCACCUGGAACCCAGGGACAUGGACAAUUCCUGGGAGCUCAUCACAGAAGAAGAUCCCAGCGACAGCUCGCCCCCGUCUCUACCAGGCCCCUCCUCCAUCUUGACACCGCAACCCCCGCCAUCAGCCGCCUCACAGGAGUUUUCGGAAGAUUUGAAUCUGAGGCUGUCGCUCACUCCCGAUACCAACGGGGAAGUACCAGGGCCGAGCUCUGCUCUGGGCCAGAUGUCAAGCAGACUCCGCUCCUCUAGCAUGACGGAUGGCGUCAGUGACCAGGCCCAGGCUCCUCCUCUCAUGCAGAGUUCCCAGACCAGGAGAACAAGAGCUCAAACAGUCUCAGGUGGUGAGGAGUCUAUGUCUCCCUCGUCGACUGCUUACACCUUGACCACCCCUGGCCUGCCCCCUGGAUGGGAGGAGAGGAAGGACGCCAAGGGAAGAACUUAUUACGUGAACCAUAACAGCCGCACCACAACCUGGACUAGGCCAAUUGUGCAGCUGACUGAAGACGGACCGAGCACCUCAGCAGCAGCAGCAGCAGCAGCAGCAUCAUCAUCAUCGGCAGCAGCAACAGCAUCAUCCUCAACAGCAUCAGCGUCAGGAGGAGCCUCUGCCCUGCCACCCCCAUCCACCCCCUCCUCCUCCUCGUCCUCCUCCAAUAACCACCUCCAUGAACCCCAAGUCCGACGACCUCGUAGCCUCAGCUCCCCUACCGUCACCCUUUCCACUCCCUUCGAGGGAGCCAACAAUAUCCAGGUACGGAGGGCUGUGAAGGACUCGGUCUCUAAUCCCCAGUCACCUCAACCGUCCCCCUACAGUUCACCCAAGUCCCAGCACAAGACGCAGCAGAGCUUCCUGCCCCCAGGCUGGGAGAUGAGGAUAGCCCCCAACGGACGGCCCUUCUUCAUCGACCACAACAGCAGAGUAACCACCUGGGAGGAUCCCAGAUUGAAAUACCCAGUACAUUUGAGGAAUAAGAACUCAAUGGAGCCUGGUGAACUUGGUCCUCUUCCUCCUGGAUGGGAAGAGAGAGUUCACUCAGACGGACGCACUUUCUACAUUGACCACAAUACCAAGAACACGCAGUGGGAGGACCCUCGACUGCAGAGUCCGGCUAUCACAGGACCUGCUGUUCCCUACUCCAGAGAGUUCAAGCAGAAAUACGACUACUUCAGGAAGAAACUGAAGAAACCUGCUGACAUCCCCAACAGAUUCGAGAUGAAACUGCACAGGAACAACAUCUUCGAGGAGUCGUACCGUCGCAUCAUGUCCCUGAAGAGGCCGGAUGUUCUGAAGGCACGGCUGUGGAUCGAGUUUGAGUCGGAGAAAGGGUUGGACUACGGCGGCGUGGCCAGAGAGUGGUUCUUCCUCUUAUCUAAGGAGAUGUUCAACCCUUACUACGGCCUGUUUGAAUACUCUGCCACGGACAACUACACUCUUCAAAUUAAUCCCAACUCUGGCUUGUGCAACGAGGAUCAUCUCUCCUACUUCAAGUUUAUCGGACGUGUGGCAGGAAUGGCUGUGUUUCAUGGAAAACUACUAGAUGGUUUUUUCAUCCGACCAUUUUACAAGAUGAUGCUGGGAAAACAGAUCUCUCUUAAAGACAUGGAGUCUGUGGACAGUGAAUACUACAACUCUCUAAAGUGGAUUCUGGAGAAUGAUCCCACUGAGCUGGACCUGAGGUUUUGUAUUGAUGAAGACAACUUUGGACAAACAUACCAGGUCGACCUGAAGCCCAGCGGCUCAGACAUGGUCGUCACCAAUGACAACAAAAAGGAAUAUAUAGACCUGGUCAUCCAGUGGAGGUUUGUCAAUCGGGUCCAGAAGCAGAUGAACGCUUUCCUCGAGGGAUUCACUGAGCUCAUCAUAAUAGAUCUGAUCAAGAUCUUUGAUGAAAACGAACUUGAGCUGCUCAUGUGUGGUCUGGGUGAUGUCGACGUCAACGACUGGAGACAACACACUGUUUACAAGAAUGGAUACUGUCCCAACCAUCCUGUUAUACAGUGGUUCUGGAAGGUCGUUCUGUUGAUGGAUGCUGAGAAGAGAAUCCGGCUCCUCCAGUUCGUUACGGGAACAUCUCGAGUACCAAUGAACGGCUUUGCCGAGCUUUAUGGUUCUAAUGGUCCUCAGCUGUUCACCAUUGAGCAGUGGGGAACACCAGAGAAGUUGCCAAGAGCUCACACAUGUUUCAACCGCUUGGAUCUGCCAACCUACGAGUCCUUUGAGGACCUGAGAGAGAAACUCCUCAUGGCUGUGGAAAACGCGCAGGGCUUCGAGGGAGUCGACUAAACCUGACUGAACGCAACCUACCAUCACUAUGUCUAAGAAAUUAAAACAAGACAAAAAGCCACAGGGAUGUCUAACCAGCUGCUGGAGCAGUUCUGUGCAAGCAUGUUGAACUGUAAUGCCCGACUGUGAGCCACCAACACAGCACAGCGGUUUGAGACUAUACAGCAACUUGUUGAGCCAAUAUGCCUACAUCUUUAUAUCUUUUCAGUGUGGGUUGGUCAUUCCGUAACGGUGCUGGGGGGGAAGAGCGGGAGCGUCGCACUGUCGAAUGCUGGAACCUGUUGUCAUCGGCAAGGUGUGAGCGACGAAUGACGAGACCCAGCCUCUGAUCUGCCGUGUCAUCCCUUCUGCCCUCAUUCUGUGAAAAUCUACAGUGCUGGAAAACACUAAUGCAUUUCAAUAGCUCCUUUACGUACACUAUAGCACAGUAUCCGAGCAGCCUUCAGCGGGCGUCUCCUAGCAUGGCCAUAAUCUGGCUCCCACAUGCACUAUUUCUCUAAGAAACUGCAAUGGCACUAUGAUCACUACUCUUUGUCAAAUCCUUAGACCAACACCGGACUAACCUUAGGAAAGCUAGCCAAUCACAUUUCAGGAAAUCUGCCCCACCCCCUCUCCACAGAGCCGCGUUUAAGUUGUGGGAUCAGAAAUCGCCGUUGCAGCCUUUUUGUAGAAUAAUGUUAUUUGUUACUUUUCUUUUUUUUUCUUUUAAACCACUGCUAAGGAUUCCUGAGUGGCGGAUGACAUAAUCCUCAAAGAUCAUUUUAAAAGUUUUCGUCAGUUUUCGUUUUCGUCAUAAUUGUUAUAAUUCUUACAGGAAAAAUACUCUCACCGUAUUUGAACUGAUGAACAAUGUUGUUUACGAUUUUGAGAAUUCUAUAUGACAUGGUGUGAAGUGUAAAUCUGGCUCGUCUGGGGAAUGAUUAAAUCCAUAUCACUUGUUACGGUGAUUGCAAAUGUCUUGAAUACAAUGGUUUUUAAUUGUAGUACUAUGAAAGCAGCAUGAAACUGUUUAUUGUGUUUGCUUGGACUACAUCGUAAUUUGAACGUGUAAUCGGUCGGGGGGGGGGG